ACUCUAUAUUGUCGAGACACUUGGAAGUCCCACGAGAAACUCCUACCCGCACAUAUUCACCCUGCCUUCAACUAUAUACCAUACCGCUUCAGAACACAAAAAUAUGUAUAUUCCGAAAUUACUGCGAAAACAGAAAACAACAAAUAUUCCGCCAAAAGACAACAGUGAAUGACUUCGAACAAACGGAUUUGUUUUCCAGUGAAUGCAACAGUCUUUCGUAGUUUUCCGAUGAAUGUUGCGUGAUCUUUUUGCUCCAUCGAAGUGCGCCGCACGUAACGUGGACGCGCCCGCGCGCGAAACCGAAGGAAUGACGCAGAUGCUGCGCACGCGCGCCGCCUGCCGUCCAUGUUGUGUCGGCGGAGGAGGCUAAGCGCUAACGGCUAGCUUAGCUCGCGUCGUCCUCCUCUUCGCCUUUCUUCUGGGAUCGGCUGCGCGGACAUGUCCUCGGCUCGUCGCCCCGCCAGGCGGCCGCCGAGCACCGAGACCGUCGUCGCGGCUCUUCUCUAAGCUAAGCUAAGCUAGCGUUAGCCCGCGACGAUGAGCGACGAAAUGUCUCCCGACUUCGUGUUGAUGCGCCUCCUCGUCUCGGCGGCAGAGUACGAGCACCUGGAGCACCAGCCCGAACACGUCACGUCCGGGAAAGCCGGCCUGGUUCGCGGCGGCUUCGAUGUGGACUCAGGCGGGGCCCCGACAGGCCUGGGCUCGGCCUCCCCGCACUACGGCUCUCCUCUGCCCGGCAAAGGCGAGCUGGAAGGCGGACUGCUGAUGCCGGAGGCCCUACCCGACUCCGACGACCCCUCGCUGCCGGCGGAGGAGAACUUCGACUUCCCCGGGUCGACCGGGUCGAGGGCGCAGUUGAUGGUGUUCCGGAACCGGAUGUUGGACUUUGGCCUGGAGCAGCCCCCUUUGGGGGGAAACGAGACACGGUGGGUGGACUCCUCGGAGUCAGGUUCUGGUUCGGCCGUCGACGCGGAGGAGCGGGACCCCUGCUUCGGCCCGUCUUCUGAGGAGAACCGCCAGUGGCGUCCAGAAGGAUCCGAUCCGUCUGGGUCGGUCCUCUGUCACCCACUAGGUAAGUGGUCUCCACUGACCCUGCUGGAUUCCCGGAGCAAUCGUGGUGCCAAUGAUGAGGAACUGGUCCUGGCUCUGAACCCGGGACCAGACCAGGCAGGAUGCAGGGAAGGCAAUGAAAGGGUAGCAGCCCCCCUCCCUCGGUGUUCCUGUCUCCUGGCUUCCGGGGCAGCGGCGCCAGGCGAGGAUCCGAGCGAAACCAGCGACGCCUUGCUGGUCUUGGAAGGGUUGGGGGCGGACGGAGACGUCGGGGAGGGGGGGACGUGUCGGAGAGCGGGGCCCGUGUUCUCCAGCGGGACCCUCAGCGGGCUAAUGCAGCAGGUCCACAGACUAGCAGGGGAGGCGGGGGUCUGCACCCAUCAAACGUGGAGGACCCCCACGGGCAGCUCCCUCCGGGACCGGACCGGCACCUGUCUCCGAGCUUCCCCCGCUGCCCCCCCGUCCCCCGCCCCUGAACCGCAGCGUCGCCCCCAGCACCGGUCCCGUUCCCAACCUCAGAGCCGAGCCACCACCCCCAAAUUGGGCUCGGCCACGGGCGGGCGCUCCGCCUCCCCCCUGGUGGUCCUAGAAGGGGACCCGGGCGGUGACAGGAUGCCCAGGGGCAAGCCCGGGAAAGCGGGGUCCCUGAAGGUGCGCCUCAGUAAACUGUUCCGAACCAAGAGCUCGUGCGGGGGGACGGGGGGCCUCCUGGACAAGAGGCCGUCCCUCACCUCGUCCACCUUGUCGGCGGGGAGUCUGGUGGACGUGUGGGGGUCCACCUGCGGCAACACGGAGGACGGCGGCAGGCUGCAGACGCCUGCGCUGACAUGCACGCCGCCCUUCACCGGUGAGACGGUCUCCUUGGUGGAUGUGGAGAUCUCUCGGAGGAACUGCCUCCACCCUCCGACUCCUCCACCUCCACCCAGACGGAGCCUCAGUCUGCUCGAUGAUUUGGGGGGUCCCCCUCCACCGCGGGUUCCUUCGUCCGAGCGUGUCGGUGGGGCGUCGAUGCAGUCUCUGCCACCCCGCCCGGUGGGCGCGCCUUCCUCCCUGAGCGCCAUCCAGCACAGCCUGAGUCUCAACGACUCAUUCCUGCGGGGGCUGCCCAGGCCCGUCCCCCUGCGGGCCGACGCCCGGCGCCAGGCGCCCCGCCGCUCCCUCGAGCGCCCCGACGGCGGCAACUUCGCCAGCAGCCUCCGAGAACUGGAAAAGUGCGGCUGGUACUGGGGUCCCAUGACGUGGGAGGACGCCGAGAUGAAGCUGAAGGGCAAAGCCGACGGCUCCUUCCUGGUGCGCGACAGUUCCGAUCCUCGCUACAUCCUCAGCCUGAGCUUCAGGUCGCAGGGCGUCACGCACCACACGCGCAUGGAGCACUAUCGAGGGACGUUCAGUCUGUGGUGUCACCCCAAGUUUGAGGACCGCUGCCAUUCAGUGGUGGAGUUCAUCGAGCGCGCCAUCACGCACUCCAAGAACGGAAAGUUCCUCUACUUCCUGCGCUCCCGAGUCCCAGGUCUGCCACCCACGCCGGUGCAGCUGCUGCAUCCCGUGUCACGCCUGAGCAGAAUCAAGUCCCUGCAGCACCUGUGUCGCUUCUGCAUCCGCCAGCUGGUCCGCGUGGACCACAUCCAGGAGCUGCCGCUGCCCACGCCACUGAUCGCCUACCUGCGCAAGUUUUACUACUACGACCCCGAGGAGGAGGCUGGCGACACGCAAACGUAGCGAAUCGGCACGCGCUGUCCAAUGUGAGUCCGACCGACCGGCCGAAGGCUGUCUUUCUGUAUGAGCGCUGCCGUAUACGGCGCCAUGUUGACGUUGCUCCUCGCUUCUUCCUUCUCUAAAGAAACAAAGAAGAUGAACAACAUUUGUCCGUGUCUCCGCAGACAGAAUACAGUCGCUUUUUUUAAUUGCUGAUCACCCCCGUUGGAUUAUGUAUGUUCACUUCCUGGACUGUCCUCAUUUGCAGCCCAAAUUCUUCCCAUUGGUUAGGGCACUGCAUCGCCACUCCCACCACACACACGUGUGCCCCUCUCCCCUCCUGUCCUAUUUGAUACUGGCUUGGUCCCUUCCUCACAGGAUGUGACACUCUCGUUCUACCGUUAGCUCAUUGACUGCCGUGGAUGUUUUCAACCGGAAUGCAGGUGUUUACUGCCCUCGACGUACGCAUCCGUCAAGUACGUUUUUCAACGGGGAAGCGUGCGAGAGGGUCUCGCCCAGCUUGUCGGUGCAACGCAAGCUUCUACGUAUCUGUAGUGACAAACAGACGCACGUAGGUGGCGGUGUCGCACCGCUUUUGAGUAAAUUAGGCAGCGAAUCUCGGCUUGUCACAUUGAUAAUGAGGGAUGAAUGCCGACACGUCGGAGCUUGGACAAGAUUAGGCACCUCACACUCCAACAGAGUGUUGCGUUAGGUAAUAGAACGUGUGCGACGCCAUCAUGACAAAAGAUGAUGCCGUUCGUGGAGUGAAAGACCAACGUCAUGUUAAAAAGCCACUCACGCGCGUUUCUUAGUUGGAUGUUGGGAAAUAAAAUGAUUAUUUUGCCAUCAUAA